GGGUGAUUCUUGACAAGGAGGUUCAACAACGAAUUAAUCAAGAUCGAUCCGCCGCGCCGAUCGAUUUUUAUCACCUGUUACUCUCGUAUUCGGCCUCCACGAGUAGUGUAGAAUCGUCAGAAAUGUCUCUCAUUGUCAGGGGGUACUUAUCGAUUUGAUACCAUUUUUAAACUAGUCGAUAUCAGGCGUUUUUCUGAUCGAUUGUACGCGCAAUCGCAAUCGCAAUCGCACGAACGAUGGUUACUAAAAUCAAAAUGGAACAAGUUCAAAAUGACAUCGAUAAUCCCGGCAAGGACAGAAAUUUAAUCGAAUGGAAUCUUGAUAUGAAAGUAACCGUGUCGAACGUGAAGAAAUCGAAAAUGUUUCAGCGAUCGCGCGCUAUCGUUCUAUUCCUCUUGGCUAUUAUUUUCGCAGUUAUAUUGUCGCAUCUUAGGAAAGAAGUACGCGGCUUACAAGUCCAGAUGCAAUGUAUGAACGUGAAUCUACUUUUAUUAAUGUCAAAGUACGACAGACUAAACAGAAGCUUAAAUCGAGCCUGGAUUCAAAGAUCUGAAAAAUUUAUUGAAAAGAAAAACAUGCACGAUAUAAAACAAUUACUCGAACAAAUAUCAACGUCAAAAGCUACCGAAUUUUUCAACGAUAUUCGUCGAAAUAGAUCCAAUGGAACCUCUUACACCUAUGAUUCUGUCGUUUCUUAUUUCGAUUCUAACAAUCGUUUGAAAGAAAAUACUCUGAGCGAUCCCACAAUCUCUAAGAAAUUAGAAGAUGACGAGAACGUUGAAGAAAUUCGUGGUGAUACCAAUUUAAGAAUCGAAAGAGCAAUAUUAACGUUUCAGAAAGAGAAUUUAACGGAGAAAGAAACGCAGUCUACAACGAGUAAUAAGAAGAAAUUUCAAGGCAGUGACGAUUAUGUUGACGAUGACUUAGAUAUAUGGAAAGAACCCCGUGCUGGGAGAUGGCGAAGAGACGAGGGAAGAGGUAAAAUACGGGGAAAGAACAAAAGGAGGCCCAAACGCAGUCGCAGGCGAUUGGGCCCUUUAGUGGCAACGUUUGUUGGAGCAAUACCUGAACAGCACGUUACCGAUACCGUUUACAUUGGUCCCUGGGUUAAGAGUACUAAAAAUAACACCCGAUAUAGUUUAAAUAAAUUUCACUUGGUAGAAGAUAAAAAAUCUAUCGAAGUUACCGUGACCGGUCUAUACAUGAUUUCUGCGCAGAUAUUUUAUUUUGGAGAACCAACAAAUUAUUCCUAUUGGAUACUGUUAAGUUCCGAAGGUAAAUCGACCACCCGGAAACUUGUCAAAUGUUCUACAGCUUCUUCUACAUCAGCUACAGAAGUUUCCUGUUACACAAGCGUGAUAACUCCCUUAGAGAGGGGUGAUAGGGUUCACAUACAACAACAAGAAAAGAAUAGAUGAACGUUUUUAGAUUAAUUAAUAUGAGAGAAGGACACAGUUAUAUCCAACUGGUACUUCUAUCAAACAACACUAAUCAUAAAAGACGUUCACGGUAGAGCAAUGCAAUACAAAUAUAGCUGUGCCAUGUACGAGAAAAAAUCAUUUCUCAAAUGUGAUCCUGUCCUAUAACUGUGAGAAAGCAAUAAGGUGAUUACUUUAUAUUAGUCAGUUAGCAAUUAAAACGUACGUUUUUAUCCGAGUCAUAAUUUCAUUCAAUUCAAGUAAUAAAAAACAUUAUUCCUUUCUUUCUUUCUUUUUAUGAUGGAAGUUGUGUGUACAGUAGAAUUAAAAGUGCAUGAUGAACGAAUACUGUACAAAAAAGUAUUAGUAUGUAAGUAAAUUAGUUUCAUAAAUUGUUACAAAGAAAAAAAGGAAAAAAAAUAUCAAAAA